AUGGAGCAUCACUACAGGAUUGAUGUGUUUUUGGCAACGGUUGAUUCUCAAAUACUUGAAAUGAAGAAUAGGUUUAAGGAAGAUGUAAUAGAGUUGCUUAUUCUUAGUUCAGCAUUGCACCCCAAAGAUAAUUUUCAGGCUUUCAAUAUUGAACAAAUUUGUCAACUUGCAAACAAGUUUUAUUCAGCUGACUUCACAGAUCAAGAGAAGUUACACUUAAGAACUCAAUUAGAGCUUUUCCAGAUUGAGUUUUCCUGUAAUUCUCAGCUUCAAAAUUUGUCAUCACUUCAGGAGUUGUGCCAAGUGUUAACGAAGACAAAAAAGUCAAUGUGCUAUACUCUUAUUGAUAGAUUGAUUCGUCUUAUUUUGACUCUUCCUAUUUCAAUAGCUACAACAGAGCGUGCAUUUUCUGCUAUGAAAAUCAUCAAGACUUGUUUGCGUUCUAGGAUGGAGGAAGAUUUUCUUGCCAACUCUAUGAUAAUGUAUAUUGAGAAAGAAAUUGCUAGAACUUUUGAUGUAAAUUCAAUCAUUGAUGACUUUGAUAAAAUUAAAAGUCGUCGUGCACAAUUUCAUAUGUCCCACACAGUCAAACAGAUUUACUCGCCCCCAAAGUUAAUUCCUAGCUCCGCCACUGGAAAUGGAGGUCUUCUAUUGGAGAAACAAUUAUCUGCUGCAGAUGGUGCUAUUGAAAAAACUAGAAUUUUCAUUUCUAGGGAAUUGGAGGCGGCCACUGAUGGAUUCAGCGAAAGUCGAAUAGUUGGUCAAGGUGGCCAAGGUACAGUAUAUAAAGGGAUCCUAGCCGAUGGAAGAAUUGUGGCAAUCAAGAAGUCGAAGGUCGACAAAAGCCUAUUGGAGCAGUUCAUCAACGAGCUCGUCAUUGUUUCGCAAGUUAAUCACAGGAAUGUGGUAAAACUUCUGGGUUGUUGCUUGGAGACAGAAGUUCCUCUGCUUGUCUAUGAAUUUAUCCCUAAUGGAACCCUAUUUAACCUCAUUCAAAACGACAAUGAGGCUGAAUCCUUCCCUUUUACUUGGAGCUUGAGAUUAAAAGUAGCCACAGACGUAGCAGGAGCAUUGGCAUACCUACACUCGGGGCUUACAAUUCCAGUUUUUCACGGGGAUAUCAAGUCCACCAACAUAUUGUUGGAUGAAAAAUACACAGCUAAAGUAUCAAACUUUGGAGCUUCAUUGUCCAUUGCAGUUGACAAAACCCACAUGACCACUCGAGUCCAAGGGACUUUCGGCUACAUCGAUCCAGAAUAUUUCCUGUCGAGCCAAAUUACUGACAAAAGUGACGUUUAUAGCUUUGGGGUGGUUCUUCUUGAGCUCCUAACAAGACAAAAGCCCAUACCUUCCAGAGGAGAAGGAGAAGAUGUCUAUUUAGGAUUGGCACAGAGGUUUCUGACAUCCAUGGAAGAGAAUUCUCUUCCAACGAUUCUUGAUCCUCAAAUUAUAGAUCAAACAAAUGAAGGGGAGGUCAUUGCUGUUGCUAAACUAGCACAGCGAUGCAUAGACUGGGAUGGAAGGAGGAGACCAACUAUGAAGGAAGUUUCCAUCCAGUUGGAAAACAUCAAAAUGUCCAGAGGGGGUUUAACUAUUCAAGAAAAUUAUCAAAGUCCAAGUUGCACCGACGAAGAAGCUGUUGUGAUGAGUGAUGUUUACGACGCAUGGACUAUUGGAAGUGAGAACGUUAAGUCAACUUCAGAUGCCUACGCGGUAUUGAACAAUACAAUCAAAUUCAGCGCUGGCGGGAAAAUGACAGGGCUGGAAAGCGCAACGGAUCUUCUGUCCCACACCCUAUCCCACUCAAUGUCCCACUUUUUAUUAUAUUGCUAUUUCUGGUACAGAUCAUACAUGGAUGAGUGGAACUGA